AUGGCUGAUAUAGCGGCCAAAGAAAUGGAAGUCCGGCCACUUCAGAAUAGUCAAGGGUCAUUGACUAAUUUUGGAGCGUCUGUAAGAGGGGUUGAUCUCAAUAACUUGAAUGAAGCAGACUUUUUAGCCCUGAAGAAGGCCCUGUACACGCAUUCGGUACUCGUCAUCAAAGACCAACACGACCUUCUUCCGGCUAAGCAAUUUGAUUUGAAUGCACGCUUCGACCCGGAUGCACAACCGACACACGGGCUUGGAUAUGGAAAGACUCUGAAGGAGUUGGGGAAUCUCGCGAAGAAGCCCUUUUAUAGCAUCCCUGGCUCGGGAGGCGUUACACUCGUUGGCGACGGAUAUCAGGGCGAAGAUCAUUUCGGUCUCAAGAACCUGAGUUUGUCUGCCAUUAGUCACGUCGACUUCCAUGCGGAUCCCUUGACGGAUGCGGAACUGGCAAGCGGACAAGCACGGUUCGUCAACUUUCAUUUUGACGGAAUUAUCUAUGGAUCACAUCCAUCACGCGUAACAACAUUUCGCUGUGUAAGAACUCCAAAAGGUCCGAAUGUGACCGUCAGCUGGAACGAUAUCUCUCCACAGGCCAUCUCGUGUCCACCUGGAAGCACUGCUUUUAUCAGUACAGCACAGCUGUACAACCUCUUAACAGACGAGGAGAAGACUACUGCUGACAAUAGUUACUGGCAGCCUGCCCCUCAUCCAUUCGCUUGGACAGGUUCGCGCAGGGUACGUUCAUCAGGACUAGGCAUGGCUGCAACAGGCCAGACCUUACCGCUUGAGGAUCUCCCUGAAUGGUCAUCCGAUAAGGUCUACAAAUAUCCCAUGGUCUGGCUCAGCCCUGUCACUGGAGAGAGAUGCUUUCAGAUGUUUCCAGAGGUGACUCACAAGCUUUACCUAAAGGAUUCGCCUCUUGGUCCAGAGAGGCUCAUCGAAGACUAUGAAGAGAUUCGAGUCUGGCUCAAUGAAGUUCUUGAUCGGAUCGCUAAGCCGGAGUAUAUUAUGGUACCUCCCUGUGAGGAAGGCGAUGUGGUAAUUUGGAACAACUGGGGAGUCCUACACAGUGCUAUUGAGUUUCCAGCGAGCUAUGGCUCGCGGUCAAUGCACCAGUGUCACAUUGCUUCGAGUACAGCUCCCGUUGGUCCUGCGACGACUGCUACAGGCUGA